CACGUCGCCGUCACGGGCUCCUGGAUUUGAAAACAGUGGGAUGGAAGGGGCGCUGGGUUUUCUACAGACAUGAACUGGGACACCCAGCUGAGCUCUAUCCUGUCAGUGGCAGACGGCAGCGUAGCAAAGAUGAGGGAAAGACUGACCUCACCAGGGAAAUUCUCCAAAGGAGAAGACCUGUUUCCUGUGAGGGAGCAGCUACGUGAUUUAGAUUUGGACCCUCCUGCUUCGAGCCCCCGAGCCCCUCUUCUCCGACACCCGCUCCCCUCUCUCAGUUCCGGUGUGCAAUGGGCAGACGUUGCUGCUCUCCAGUCACAACUGCAGAUGCAGAGCCAGGCUAUUGACUCUCUCAACAAGAAACUCUAUGACAUGGAAAAGGAGCGACAGUCACAACAAUGUCACAUCCAGACACUACAAGAGGAGAUUCACAGCUUGCGUGAGGAGCUGAGGGAGAGUGAAAGAGGGAGAGAAGAAUCAUGGAGGGGACAAAGUCCAAGGGCAGAGAGAAUGAUGGAGCAGUGGAGGAGAGAGGUGGGACGUGAGCUGAGCAGUCUGCGGGGACACAUCACCAGAGCCACGUCGCUAGGCAACUUAGAUGAGAGUUUCAGCUCAAAGCUUUGCCGAGGGGAGUUGGAACACUUGCGGAGGGAGGUGGACCAGCUGAAAACACGGUUAAGGCGACAGGAGGAGGACGUGUUCCUCCAGCAGACAGAGGCCAGAGAGACCAGUAGGCAGUACGAACGCAGCUGCAAGACAAUGCAGGAGCUAACAGAAAGCUACAGAACUCACAGCACAGAUCUGGCAAAAAGUGUCUCUCAGUAUUCACACACACAGGAAGAGGUCCGCCAGAUCAGAACAGUUGUGUCAGAGCUGAAAGACGAGGUCAGGAGUCUUACCCUUCGAGAACGUGAACCAACACCUUUACUGUCAGCGCACACAUCAGGGGCGUCACCAUUACCCCACAGCCACAGUAGGAGAGUUAGAGUGAAAGAGCCAGACUCUGACUCUGAGGACUUCAGCCCCACCCCGAGCCUGGCUGAGGUCAGCUCAGAUGAUCUUUCAUGGCUGGAUGACAAAGACUCGGCUCCUCAUCAGAAGCCACAUGCACGUCUGAGUGUUCAGUCCAGACGGAGCGAUUUUGCUUGUCCAGGAUCUGAUCUGGAGGAUGAUGAUGAUGUUGGUGGUGAUGGAGAAGAUCUCCUUGAUGACGAUGUGGACCUGGAUUUAGGAUCUGACCUAAGUCUUAAUGACCUCUGACCUGUUCUAUGGUUCUAUAAUUUUUUUUUUUAAUUAAUUUGAUUUCAUCAGUUUGUUUGUAUUUCUGAGUGAGAGCUUCUGUUGCAAAACCCCAAACUUUAAAAAUAGAAAACCAGCCAUAUGGUUAAUUUCCUCUGUUGUCCCCAGGGAAGAGGAGCACAAUAAAAGAAAGGCAUUAGCAGCAGACUUGGCUUGGCAACAGUGGCAGAUACAUAGAACAACAUAUAAUUAUGUCGUCCUACUUAUUGCUGCUCUUUCAGACCUGCUUGAAUAUGAUGCGUGAUAAUCCGUUGUUACCAGUGGGAAAAGUACUUUUCAUUAGGGGAAUUUAAAAAAAUGUAUAAACAGUUAUUUGUGAAAAUAACAUUAAUGUUAGGGACUCAGGAAAAAUCGCAACGGCUCAAACUUUCUUUUUAAACUUUGACUCACUCUUCUAAUCACCUGUUUUAUCAAAGGGGCACCAAACGCAGCAUGCUGAAAUACACCACCGAAGGAUUUAUCUUCUUCACUCUCAAGUAUUCAUCAUCAUGCCUUCCACCAGUCUAGUUAGCGGACGACCACACAAACUGCUGAGAACUGUUACAGCUGCUUCUCUUAUAAAUUGCAGUAACUGUGUAAAGCUGCUUUCAGACAUGCACUGAACUGUGGUCAUCCUCCGCAUUUGUGAAAGGCAAACUGUGGAGAAACUCCAGUUCCGAUUCUCCAGGGAUCCUCUGCAGGACAUGUCUGAAAACAGCUUUAGUGGUAGUAGGAAGAACUCUAACAUUUCACUAAAGCAAAAACAAUUACAUAAAUAAAAAUGUAGUAAAGUUAAACUAUCACAUUAACCUUUCUUCUUCUAAAAGUAUGCAAAUACUUCCUUUUAAAUUUAUUUAAAAGUAAAAGUACUUGCCAAGAGUAGCCUGUUCCCGAUUGUGUUGGUCUAUUACUUUAUUAUGUCUCAUCUAAUGUUGCCCACCCGCUCUGAUUGGACCAGUCUCAUUACUAAUUACUUACAAAAUAUUUACAUUGUUAAAGUAAAGUGGAGUAGAAAGUACAAUUAUUUGCUGAUAUUUGUGAAGUAAAAGUGAAAAUGACUUGAAAAUAAAUCUAUCUAAGUACAGAUACAUAAAAAAGUACUAAAGUAAAAAAAUAGUUAAGUAAAUAUACAUUGUUACAUCCCACAAUUGAAUUGUGUCCACAUGUACUGGAACAAACCUCUUUAAACAGGAAGCUGUUUAAAGAACUAAGAUUCUCUUGUGAGAGUUACAGUCAGUGAAAAUCUCGUUUCUCGAUGGUGGGUGGCAGCGCUUUGUGUCAGCGAAGAAGCAAACACCGUUUUCACCAUGAUGUGUGUCGCUGAUUAUAAAUUAUGGCUCCUACCAGAGUUAAGGGCAGAGGCAUGGGGACCAGCAAGCUCAACCACAAGGUUUUGGUUUAAGGCAGGACGAGAUUGAAAAUAGUUCUGCUUAGGUUUGUUAUGAUUACAGAUUGUUGGGGUUAGGUAAAAGUUUGAUGUGGUUAAUGUUUGCGACUUUCAUGUCUAUCCAUAACUUCAGUGGGAUCCAUAAGGAAACCACUCAUCACUGUGCUUUUGAUUUGAAAAGUAAGGGCUUACAGUAUGCCCAUUACUCUAUAAUGGAUAUUUAAUGAGUGUUUCUUCUUGACAUAUGCACUCUUAAAUCCAGAAGGAAACUGAUGACGAUUGUAAUCCCUGGUAAUGCAUCUGAAGUGAGAGCCAAGAGGAAUCCAUUAACAUUACAAAGACACACACACACACACACACACACACACACACACACACACACACACACACACACACACACACUCACUCCACUUUGAUGUCUUUACAUAUCCACAAUCAGACUGUCAAGAGUCCCUUCAUGUUGUCUUGUCUGACAUGAGUCACACUGUCCCGGGCUUGCCGGCAGGUGUCAAGCUGUUAAAUAAUUCACCAUCCAGACACCCCCCAUCGGGAAUCCCAGACCACAGCGCAGAGCCAGGGGCAGGUUGGGCGUGCGGCAGGGUGUGCAAGUGGACAAAUGACCACAGACACUUUGCAGCUCGUCUAACCAGGCAAUUAUCUCACAUCUAUUCAAAAGUGAGCAACAAGAAAAAACAGUAAUUAAACAAACCUCUCCUAAAAUGCUCUUCUUGGUAACUCAAUGCAGAAAAGGCUGAUCUGUUUGUGACUGAUGCACUUUAUUUACAUUUGCUAAGUAUUAUGCAGUGGUGCUGCUGUACAGUACAGCUGUGCACUGAUAUCUUCACUGUAAAACUGUAAAAUAAAUGUUUUGUGUUUUGUCUCCAACAAUAAUAGUCUGUGUUAAAUAUAAAGGAGAGGAGCUUGUCUCUCUGUGGUCGUGUCUUUGGAGCAGCAGAACUCCAGAAAUCCUGGUAAUAACAGAUCUGAGGAGGGAAUAUGAGGAAACGCAGAGUUUUGUCUCAAAAUACCUUUAAUCAUACAACAUCAACAGUCCAUAUUCCAUGUUUGACAGCAAAGCCUCAGUGUGCAGUCAGGAUACUUAGGACAUUUAAAGAAGUGAACAAAUACAGGAGUUUACAGACAACUUUGGCUUUCAAUCUGGAAUCUUAAGUGUCUAAUUUAAAGAUAGGGUUGGUAAUCCCUGAAAAGAUAUAAAAAGCAGACUGCACUUUGAAAAAAACAAAAAAACAACUGAUACAUUCCACCCCCUCCCAUCGGCCUUCUCUCAAAGCUACAUCCCAAAAACACAUGAACGCUCACUGCCUGACAACUUUAACAAAUAAGCUAAAUGUGCUUCAGAAACCAAUUACCAACCCUACCUUUAAUACUGGAUGUAUAUGGUUGACAUGGAUUCACUGAAUAGUUUGAGUAUGAAGAUGAUUCACAUCCUCCAGAUCUCAACCCAUCAUAAGGCACUGUUGCGUUGAGUUUCUGUGAAUUUUCAGUUUUUCAUUGCACAAAAUUUUAUACCAAAAAGGUUUUAGAUCCAUUUCAUGAGCUUGAUGUAUCCGUUCAUAGGCUCAAUCUUAAAUAAAAAGGAGCUGUGUAUGUUUUGUAUUGAUGGGGUUCUUCUGUCGUCCUGUGUGUGUCUAACCUCCACUCCCCUUUUCCUGCAUAUUUACAAAGCGAAAACACAGCGAGGCUUAAAACACAGGAAACUCAAUGGAAUGGUUCACAGCUCGCCAGCUGGGAACAAUGUGCUGUCCCAUCAGUCUUUGCAACAUUUCUAUCUCUGCCAAGAAGUUUAUGUUUUCACUCCUGUCCCCUUUGUUUCUAAGCAAGAUUAUGCAAAAACUUAGUGGAAUGAUGCGGUAUGUGUCAGGUAAGAACCCAUUAUAUACUAUUGUGAAUCCAGAUCAGGGGGUGGAUCCAAGUAUUUUGUGAGACUGGGUGUUUUUCAACGUUUUCCCCAUUUCCUCAGGGAAUAACUCAUGGAUCUUGAUGA